AUGGGCAAAUCUCCCAAUGUCUACAGUUUCCCCGGCGUUGCCGAACUGGCUCCCACUCUGCGCCAGUACGUCCUCGCGCAACAACAGGCUUCCAUUGAGCGUCACGGUACUUUCAGAGUCGCCGUCUCAGGAGGCUCCCUGCCCAAGACUCUUGCCCAGGCUCUUCUCUCCAAGGGCGACGGCACCCCCGCCGACACCGUCGACUUCAACAAGUGGGAGAUCUUCUUCGCCGACGAGCGCUGCGUGCCACUGGACCACGAGGACAGCAACUACAAGUUGCUCAAGGACGAGCUGCUAGACAAGAUUGACAAGGAGCAAUUCGGCGAGCCCAAGGUCUACCCCAUUGAGGAGAAGUACCUCGACGACGCCCAAGAGUGCGCAGACCAGUACGAGAAGCAGCUCGUUUCUGUCUUUGCCGCUCGCGACUCGGUCAAGCUUCCCCUCUUCGAUCUUCUCCUCCUCGGCUGCGGUCCCGACGGCCACACCUGCUCGCUUUUCCCUGAGCACCCUCUGCUGCGCGAGACAGAUGCCUGGGUUCUCAGUAUCUCCGACUCGCCCAAGCCCCCACCAAAGCGCAUUACCUUGAGCUUGCCCGUCGUCCUCCACGGCGCAAAGAUCGCCUUUGUCGCUACCGGUGCAGGCAAGAAGGACAUCUUCAAGAGCAUCUUCGAAACUGAGGAGGGCCGCGCCCUGCCUUGCGGUCUGGUCAACGAGGGCGCUGGCGACAAGGUCAGCUGGUUCACCGACAACGCCGCUCUCGAGGGCGUCAGCGUGCCCCGCAGAGGCAGUCUGUAA